UCACCUCGUCAGCUGCCCCUCUUUGUGUCGUGAGGCCCUCUCUCAGUGCUACCGUACACCUGUUGACCAGCGUUUUCACCCCCUUCUCCUUGGCACCAUGUCAAACUUUGAGAGCACAGCGAUAUCUACGGAGAGCAAUACUAGCAGCAGCUCCGUCCCAUCAGCAGCAGCAGCGGCAGCUGGCGGUGGAAUUUCCAGUAGCGGCACCGGUUCACUCCCAGGGGUAGCCAUCAACAGCAGCAGCAGCAGCAGCACGCCCCUCACCGUGGAAGAAACAGCAGACGUCUUCAACGAGCAGCCGACGGGUGAAGUGCCCAGCGCCGAAGAAAUGGAGGACAGGAAAGACGCCACGUCGAGCUCCGACAACCUCCUCCCGACAGACAAAUUGGAGAACGGCCUGCGACAUGCAAAGAUGAUAUUCGCCACGGGCUGGGCUAGCGUUGCGGCGACGUACCGCGACUUGGAGAGGACGGAGACGGCCGAGAAGAUCAAGGAGGGCACGGUCAACCUCGUCGACCGCAGCAUGGACGGCCUCAGCAAGGUGGGGUGUAAGAUAUCGGAGACGACCGAAAAGGGAGUGCAGGUGGUCGGGGCCAAGAUGGAGGAGGCAGCCCCUACCCUCGGAAGGUGGCGAGACGAGGUGGUGAUCGCUAGCGAGAGAGGCUUCGCCGCCGCCAAAGAUAUGACGGACAAAGCGAUGGCAGAGAUGAAGAAGCCGGGUGGAAGCAACGGCGGCGCCGGGCCCGCGGCGGGGGGGAGCGGGGAGGGGGGCGACGACGGGCCGCACACCGUAUAG